UGGCCUCCAGGGUAGGAGCGGAAGCAUGGUGUUGUCUGAGCUGGCAGUUCGCCUCAACUGCGUGGAGUAUAAGAACUGGGUGAAGGCGGGCCACUGCCUGCUGAUGCUGCGUGGCUGCCUGCAGGGCUUCGUCGGCCGGGAGAUACUAGCCUUCCAUCGCAGCCUGCUUGCCUCCGCCCCCGGCCUGGGCCCCAGCGCCACCUGCCGUAGCGGCUCGCGUUGCAGCCCACACGCCCGCCAGUUUUAUCCUCAGUGUCAGGUGUGCACAGAGUGGAAACGGGAGAUUUUGAAACAUCACACGAACAGAAAUGGAGACAUCUACUGGGGAAACUGCCGGCCGGGACGCUGGCCUGUGGACGCUUGGGAGGUGGCCAAGGCCUUCAUGCCCCGAGGACUGGCAGACAAAACAGGACCUGAGGAAUGUGAUGCAGUUGCUCUUUUAAGUCUCAUCAACUCCUGCGAUCACUUCGUGGUCAAUCGAAAGAAAGUCACAGAGGUAAUUAAGUGUCGUAAUGAAAUCAUGCACUCUUCGGAGAUGAAAGUAUCUUCUACAUGGCUUCGAGAUUUCCAGAUCAAGAUCCAAAAUUUUCUGGAGGAAUUCCAGAAUAUCCCAGAGAUUGUGGAGGUGUACUCCAGAAUAGAACAGCUGUUGACAUCUGACUGGGCUGUUUACAUCCCUGAGGAAGAUCAUUGCGAUGGGGGUGAAUACGAAACAGGCAUUUACCUGAGUGAGAGCCAAGUAAAUGAAAUAGAAAUGGAAUUUCUAAAGGAAAAACUUCAAGAGAUUUAUCUUCAAGCAAAAGAGCAAGAGGUGCUGCCAGAAGAGCUCUUAAAUCAGCUGGAGGUGGUAAAAGAAUUUCUAAGAAACAAUGAAGAUCUUAGAAAUGGUCUUACAGAAGAUAUGCAGAAGCUAGACAGCCUCUAUCUACAGCAUCAGAAAGUGGAUUCAAAGGAACCUGGGGCACAGGCUCCUGAAGGGGAGGCCUGAGGUUGCCCUUUGACAAAAAUCAGACAUGGUCUGUGAAAGUCAGCAUGGCUUCCGUCUCAGCCAUCCUUUUCUGUGCAAAAGGAAAAGCUUGCCAGACUACUCUACCAAACCAAAAAGGAAUUUUUGUUGUCUUUUCCUGGACUUUUCCUUUGACUCUUUGGGAGGUAUUUUUGUUUUUGUUUUUUUAUUCAUAAGCUUGGUGUUGUGCGAUUUAUACUGACCAAAAAAUAUUACUCUUAUGCCAAAACUGUUAUUCAGGGUUUUUGGGUGUUUUUUCUUUUGUUUUGUUACUUAUUUAAAAGGUAAGAUUCUUUUCUGGUCCUAAACUCUAGCUGCUUAGCACAGUAAAGGCUGUGUUUGGCCAGGCCUGUGUGAGGGGUCAUGCAGAGUUCUCUGCCCACUGGCAGACAAGUCCUGCCUCACCCCACCCCCUCCUUCCUGAAAGUCUCAUUCAUGAGGAUGCCCAAGGGGUGAACUGUAAUGUAAGAGUCAAGAUAUAAAUCCUUCCUUUUUGGAAGAAGGUAAGAAAAAAAUUGCCUGAAAGGCCAUUUUCUAGCCAUUUCCAAUUAGUUAUAGAACUAUUGCAACCGUUUCUGGUACCCUGAGGCAGUAGGACAAGGAAGUGGGUCCG